GGCGGCGGGGCGCGGCGGGGCGCGGCGUGGCUCCGCCGGGCGCGGAGGCAAGAGCCCAGCGGGCGCGGGCGGCGCCGCACCUGCCCCGCGGCCCCACCCCCUCGCUCCCCCCCGGGCCGAGAUCAGGCCGCCCCUCACGUCCCGGCGGUUAUUAACCGCCUCUGCCGGAGGGGAGCGGCCGUUGCCGCGAAGAUGGCGAGCGGCAGUCUCCGCCUGCUGCUCCUCGGCUACUUGGGGGUCCUGAGCUAUCAUAAAGUAACUGGAAUUUCCAUUGAAACGGAUAACAAAAAUGUAAAAGCAGAGGAGUUUAAGGAGGCUAUUCUUAGUUGCAAGCACAAAUUUUCAAAAGGGAUGAGCUUAAGAAUAGAAUGGAAGAAAAUCCAGUCUCAAGGAGUCUCGUUUGUCUACUACAAUGGUGAAUUUACAGGUGAUCUUCGAGGCCGAGCAGAGAUGCUGAAUACAGGAAUCCGUAUUAGAAAUGUAACUCGAAAGGAUUCUGGAACCUACCGCUGUGAAAUCAGUGCAAAAAGUGAAGAGGGGCAACGCCUGGGAGAGGCUACUAUUACUCUCACAGUAUUGGUUGCUCCAACUACUCCGGUAUGUGAGGUACCCAGCUCCGCAAUGACAGGAACAGUAGUGGAACUGAGCUGUAAGGAGACUGAGGGGUCUCCUCCGUCUGAGUACCAGUGGUACAAGAACGGUGUUGCCUUACUGGAAAAGACAGGAACAGGCAGUGCUAGAGCAGCAAACAUAACUUACACCAUGAAUAAAAAGUCUGGCACUCUGCUAUUUAACACAGUUACAAAGAACGACACUGGGGAGUAUUUCUGUGAAGCCUCCAAUGGGAUUGGAUUAUCUCAGAAAUGCUCAGUGAAGAGAAUGCAAGUAGAUGACCUUAAUGUAAGCGGUAUCAUUGCUGCUGUAGUAUUUGUGGCUCUGGUAAUGGCAUUGUGUGGCCUUGGAGUAUUUUAUGCCCAAAAAAAGGGCUACUUCACAAAGGAAAGCUCUUCCCAGAAGAAGACGAACUAUCAGUCUACGAGUGAAAAGGAUUUCAAGCAUACAAAGUCCUUUGUUAUUUAGAAGAUUUCAGCCUCUGUGAGGGACAUCAAAUGACUACUUGUUAUACAAAAGUAUCAAAGGGAUCUUUUGACCUCUACUCUGUAAAUACUGUUUCCAUGUACUACAUGCUGAAAAUAGAAACUGCCACUGUUUAGAUCUAGUCAACCUAACUGUGAUUGCUUUUUAAAAAAAAAACAAAACCCAAAAAACCUUAAGAUAGAACUAAAUUGAAUGUGCAAGUCAAUUUGUGUGAAGAACUGUCAUUUUGUUCAUGUAUACAUGCAGGAAUACAGGAUUCAUUCCUACAGCUUGGAACAAUCUAUUCACAUAACUUUUUCAUAGAUGACCUUGCUACCACUACUUCUACUACUUAUGUAUCCACUAUUGUCAGGGGCUCAAACUCUCCUGGAAUUCUGACUUCAUAGUACCUUGACACUGUAUUAGAUUUGCAAAAGCCAUCUCUAAGUGUGUAAGUAGUCAGGCAGCCUUAAAUUCACUAUCUUGACAGAAUAAAGCUUUCUGUAAUUGAUGCUCAUGCAGUGAUCAUGCCAGUACAACUCAAGCUGUACUAUCUGGACCCUAACUGUUGAAGUGUCACAAAUAAAUAGCUCCUCAGAACCUA